AUGGAGCCGAUAUCCCCGAUGCUCACUUCGAUGCCUGGGAUGUAUCUUGGGACAUCCUAUGUACAUGUCCACAGUUCCGAACACAUCAACAGUGGCUCAGUCAGCUCCCAAGAUCUUCCCGAUGGAUCGUCAACCGCUAAGACGAACGACAAGGUGGAACCCCCAUCUGCCAAACCGAAGUACACCGACCGUGAAGAGAUCAGCUUGACGGCUUUGCUCGCAUCCGCAGCAUGCACGACAUCCUUGUAUGUACCGAAGCCUCGGAUGAUUCAGAAGAAGUCGCUCAAGGAAAGGAUUCCGGAGGACCGGGAGAUCGUGGAGCAAAUGACGGAGGAGGCUUCGGUCACCAUCAUUGAGACCGACUACGAUGACGAAUCCGCAACAAUGAUGGGAAGUGAAAAUGGACGGGAUGGCGAAGGUGAUAAAAUUAGCCACGAUGAAGUCGUCCGACCGAGCAAAGGGACGGGGAUCCCGGGUGAGAUGACAAAGGCGAAUGUAGAGACACGAAAGAAGCGCGGGCCAUCGUGGGCGAUGAUCUUGCGUAAAUCGAUAUCAGGAAGAUAUGCAUGUUCCAGCUCCGGCGUUAACGAGGCAGAAUGCGAUAUCGCGAGGUAG